AAUAAUUUUAAAUAUUGCUGGAUGGGGCAGGUUUGUUAGCCACAAAACCUUCACAAAUAUUUCACUUAAUAUUUGUGAGCACUGCAGACAAAACUGGCAAUUUCUGACUAGGAAAAAAUAGCUCUAAAAAUAAUUCAGUAUUGAGAAAGAGGCUUAGCAGUGAGUGGUCUCUGCCUUUCCCGUUCUUAAUAACUAGCCAUUUCUUUGGGUUAGUCACCUCUCUGAUGUCAAACUUGUUUCGUUUUUGUAAAGUUUCAUAAUAUGGUCUCUGUCUUAAGAGAUUGUAAGAAAGAAGAAAUGCCUUGUAUUAGGAAAAGUGAUUCCUAAUCUCUACCAAUUGCCAAGUAGUGUUAGUUUUAUAACAAAAGUGAAUUUUUUAAAAGCCCACAUGUUGGGGAAAUAUAAACAAUGAAUUAAUCAUGAAGUAGAAUAUAUUUGAGUAUCUUUAAAACCUGUUGUAACCAUUAUCUUUGGUUCUCCCUCAGUUUCCACCUACUUAGAUCGGUGUCAGCGUCUGCAACCGUUUCCUCAUGGUUUUAAUCUACAUAGAUUAUUCUCUUCCGCAAACUGUCUGGAGUAAUUUUUUAUGUGAAACUUCUUAAUCCAGGCCAAUUCUCUCACAUUGACUUUUAACAUUUACAUUUUAAUUUUGUUUCAUGAUGCGCCUUUGCAAAUAACAAUUGAUUAUUUUGUUAAAUCUUAUUUAUUAUAAAGUAAUUGGAAAAUAGAUGAGUGCAAAUAAGAAAAAUAUAAAUAUUUUGUACUUUAAAUAUUUCUGUAUGCAUAUAUGUGUAUUUUUCCUAAAACUGAGAUCAGAUGGUAUUUUCAUUUAACUCAGACAUUCCCAUAUCAUUAAAUAUUCUUUGAAAAAUAUUUUUAAUAGCUGCUUAACAUUUCACCAUGUAACUAUCAUAUUUUAAAUUUUUUCUGUUGUCACAUAUGUGGGAUGUUUCUGGUUUUGCUAGUGUAUAUUUCACUACAGACAAUAUCCUUUUACAUAAAUCUUUGAAAUUUCCCCCCCUUGGAUUUGUAGAAGAGGAAUUACUGGGCCAAAGAGUCUGUUUUUGUUGUUUGUUUGUAUGUGUGUUUUUUAAGGCUCUUAUGUCAUCACCAAAUUACUUUACAGAAUGUUGUAUUGAUUUACACUGAUCUAGUGGUAUGUGUGUGCCUCCCAUUAUGUCUUUGUUUAUCACCUAGUAUUAGGCUUUAAAACUAAAAACCUUGCUUUAAUUUGCAUUUUAAAUUUUUUCACUCUAAUCUGUGAUGUAUCUGUUUUAUAUUUUAACUUAUUGUUAAGUGCUUGAGAGAAAGAAAUAAUAUUUCAUGUUUGACAUGCUGCAGAUCACUUAGUGGGUGCUCAAUAAAUACUUGCCAGUGGGUUAAUAUUUAUCUUUUUUAUCUGUGGAAGAUCAGGAAAUUGUCUUUUGCUUUUUGUUUUACUCAGUUUACUAGUACAUUGUUAGUAAUAUACUAUUAUUGUUGGAUUCAUAACUUCUACUACUUUUUCAUUCAGGUGAGGUCUCAGUGAUCUGAUCACAGUUGUCUACCAAAAGGUCAAUUAACUUCUCACAGCCCCACUGCUGCAUUAUCCAAGAACUUCAUCCAAUUUUGAUGCCAUUUAUCAUGAUACCUUAGAUGAUUUCAUUUCUUUUACUCAUUCAUCUGUCUUCUAUGGAAUUAACGUAAAGGUUUCACUGAUCAAUGUAGUUUCACUUGUAGCUUUUACUGUGUUUGACAAAAAAUGAUGCCUGCUAUCUGAAGUUCCUUUAUUAUUGAGAUUGUUCUUGGUAGCUCACUUCUUAUUGCCUAUAGGAUCCUUUAUGCUCUUUAAUCUACCACAUAAAUCUUAUAAAUAAUACGUAAUCCUUGUUUUCGUGAUGUUUGUCAUGUAUUCAGAUAAUCUUUCCAUACCCUUAUUUUGUCUAUAUAGUAUUAGAUGGUAGUUGAAGGAGGCAGAGAGCUGCUUUCUUCAGGUAUAGAAUUGUGCUUAGGGUUGUUUACUGAUUGGGUUCAUCAAGAUACAAACAAAGUAAAGGGGCUGCUUGCAACAGGAGUGACAGUUAUUGGGCAAUUAGCAACUAAUUUACUAAUUUUAAAGCAUAUCUCUUAUAUCUCUAUCCUUAAAGCUGAUACUGCAUUAUGGUACUUUAAUGGAAUAAUUUACAUCAUGAUGACCCUGAAUCAUAAAUACAAUCUUACAUUACUUUUAGUAUGUUCCAUUUAGAAAGGCAAGGAAGAUAUAUAAUUUCCAAGAGAUUUCUACCUUUCUUUUUCUUUUAAAUGUUGUUUUAUAGGGACUUUUCACUGAAUUGUCUUUCUUAUUCCCUAAUCAUGUGGGAUAAACACCCAGCAAAUGUUAAUAAAAAUGGUACUAUUAAACUUGCCAGUAGAUAGUCUAUAAUAAAAAUCCAAAGACUAUUCAUAAUGGAAAUUUGAAAUACUCGAUGUUAUUUUUAGGUUCUUAGAAACAUUUCUAUAUGGACGUGAAAAUUCAUUAAUAAUAUUGAGACUUUGUUAAUAUUUUAAAACUUUUUGUUUAUUUUAUAUAAUAUUGAGGCUUUGUUUCCAGUCCAAGACAAUUCUCAAGUGUGUUAUUUUUAUUUAAACAAAUUUUUAUUCAGCAGUAGGUCAUUAAUCAGUGUUUAUUCAUGUGAAGUUAAAUUGAAGCCAAAGUAUGUAGACUGAGCAAAUGUGAUAGUGUAUUUCUACAUGUAGAUUUUUGGAUCCAAAUCGAUAUACACAGAAAAAAAUGACUUCAUUUAUAUUCCUAUGAGUCAUGCACUUACAAGUGAAAAGUAAUAAUUCUGCUUGAAGUAUGAUCUGUUUGAUGUGAUAUGUAGCCACCCAAGUGGCUUUAUCUUUAAUUAAAUUCCUUUAGUCUUCAAAGAGAAUUCCUUUUUAGGCAUAGUUUUCAAAGUGGAAGAAGUUCUUGCUUAUAAAACAUCAUUGAAUAUAAAGUACUGAGCUGACUGAAUCCUAGUCAUGCCGAUUACUGCAGUGUUUACUGCAGUAAAUUGAGAAUUCCUAUAAAAUGGCAUGAAGAAAUCUUGAAAACAACACUGUAUUUUGUAUUCCUACUUUCCAUUAAUUCCUGUAUUUUUGAGGAAUAAAACUGUACCAGUAUGGGCUCAUUCUUUUUUUGUUUAUUUGUUUAAUUGGACUUUUCCCUACUACAAUUCUGUAAUUUUGAGUCCUCAUAUAUUUUUUAUUUAUUUAUUUUUAAAUUUUUGUAGAGACAGUGUCUCUCUGUCACCCAGGCUGAAAUGCAGUGGCACGACUGUACUCCUCUAGUCUCCUUAUAGUCUAGUGAUAAUGUUUAAAAACUUCUCAUAUUUUGCUAAAAGAAUUUGUCUUUUUUCUACUCUUUCUUUCUGUAAUUAGCCUAGGUUAGCUAUAUGAAACAUUUAGGUCACAAGUGUGGAAAUAAUUUAUUAUUUGACCCUACUUCAGGGUUCUCUCUCUCAAAAUACUGUUGGUAGUCUUUUCACUUUAUUUUAGCGUUAAGUAUAAAUUUGCUGUCUUUCUGAUACUUUUUUCCUAGUUUGUUUCUUUGCUCUGCAUUUAAGAGAGCUGGGAUUAUCCAGAUUCCAGUUAAAAGAAUAAAUUUAAUGUUCAGGGGCAGAUUUGGAUAGGAUAUUUUCCAUGGCAUAUAUGGAAUAUAUGUAUGCAUUCUAGAAUAUAAAUCAGAAUCUGGAGCAGUAUUUUAGGGGAUAGGAAUUCAGAUUUGGCCUUUAAUCUUUAAUGCACAUUUUCAGGAGGAAGAGUGGUUCUUAUAUAGAUUAUCAGUUUCAACUCUGAGCGUUGAGAUUAGAUUAGCAAUUUUUUUAUUUUUCUUUAGAAAGUUUUUCAAAAAUUAUUUGAAAUAUGUGACCUAUGUAUUAAUUUGUAAAAGUCUGAUUAUUAACUGUCUAGGCCAACUCAGUAACUAUUGACUUGGUAAUUAUCUCACUGUGUACAUGCACCUUUUGAGGAUGAUGGCUUUUACUUUUUUUCAUGAUGUCCAAGGGAUCAGAUUGCAUUUAAUUAAUGCUAAAUUCAUAAAUAUGUAUGGUUUAUAAAUCUUAAAAAAUAUAGAUUAAACUCCUAAUGGGAAGUCUGGAGACAACAGGGCAAGACCUUUUAUUUGUAGUACAGUAGUCCAUCUUUAUUUUUGGGGUAUAUGUUUCAGAUCCCCAGUGGUACCUGAAAUCUCAGACAGUACUUAACCCUAUAUAUACUUUACUUUUUUCUAACCAUACAUAUGAUCAAGUUGAAUUUAUAAAUUAGGCAUAGUAAAAGAUCAGCAACAACAGUAGUGGAACAGUUAUAACUAUACAUAAAAGUUAUGUGAAUGGGCUCUUCUUGCUCGCUCUCAAAAUAUCUUACCGUACUGUAUUCACCUGUUUUUGGACUGCAGUUGACCACAGGUUACUGGAACCAUGGAAGUGAAACGGCUGUGAAGGGGAGACUACUGUUACACAAUUUCAGAACAACGAAUAGUAACUCAUGCUUUCCUUAAUUCACAAUGAACAUUCUUUGGAUUAAAUUGCAGACCCAAAAUUAGAAUUUAUGGUAUAGAGUUAACUUUACAGUCUACCUAUUGUUUUUAUCAGAUUAACUUAAUUUUAUUUAUAAUAAUUUCAGAGCAACUAAUAGCAACUAAUGCCUUCAUUCACAGUGAUUGUUCUUUGGAUUAAAUUGUAGUCUAAAAAUUAGAAUUUAUGGUGUAGAUUUAACUUUACAAUUCCCCCUUGUUUUUAUUAGAUUAAUUUUAUUUAUAACAAAUUUAGUAUAACCAAAAACAAAAAAAAUUGAUUCUUUCUAGUUUUAAAAAAUGUUUAUUAUUUAAAGACAUAAGCUUUGUCUUGUGUUACUGAAAUUCUCUCUGGUGUUUUCUAAUAAGACUUCUUAAAAAAACUGGAGAUACACUGAGUUUGGAAUUGCUUACUGGAGGAUUAUUUACUUGAUAGACUAUCUGUAGCAGUUUUAUAAGAGACUGGGUUUUGUUUUGUUUUGCCAUCCAUAACAUUUCUGGGCUGCUGAUGUGCUAAGGAAUUUUUUUUGUUUUUUUGGGUUUUUUUUAGUAAAAUUGGAAUGUAAGUUGAAAAUUGUGUUGUAAAAACGUAAAAGUAUCCCAGCACUUUGGGAGGCCAAGGUGGGCAGAUCACGAGGUCAGGAGUUCGAGACCAGCCUGGCCAACAUAGUGAAACCCUGUCUCUACUAAAGAUACAAAAAAUUAGCUGGGCAUAGUGGCAUGCACCUGUAAUCCCAGCUACUUGGGAGGCUGGGGCAGGAGAAUUGCUUGAACCCAGGAGGCGGAAAUUGCAGUGAGCUGAGAUUGUGCCAUUGCACUCCAGCCUAGGUGGCGGGGUGAGACUCCGUCUCAAAAAAAAAAAAAAAAAAAAGAGAAAAAAAUAAAAGUAAAAUUUAUACCCAAGAAACAUAGUUGGUUUUUGGAUUAUCUAGAACUGUUUCCUAUGGACAGAAUCAAGAUUAUGUAUCUAGUUGCUUUCUUUGAAAGAGGACUGAUAUAUUUUCAUAACUUAGUUUUGCUUUUUAAAUUCUGUAAGUUUGAUAUUUUUGUUUCUGUGUGUUGUGACAAAAAGUUUAAUUCUUUUUUCCAGUUUUCUUCCUUCUAGGUUCUUUGAAGUUCUGCAUUAUUAGACUAAAUUCUUUUAGAAAAGGGACCUCUUGUUCCUAAGUAUCUUGGGUGUAUAUGAAAGAAAUAAUCAUCAGAGAUGAUGGUGGUGCCUAGAGUAAUAUAAUAAAGUAUUUUAGUAGUUGUAAAGACAUUUCUUAGAUUUAGCAAGGAUCCAAAUACUCCUGCCCAAUUAUGUGUAUAAUUGGAAACCUAAAUAAUUAGAAACUGAAUAUUUAUAGGAAGAUCCAGGUGCUUUUUCGAAAGCUAUUUGAGGAUUUAUUUUCCAUAAACUUUCCGCAUAGACUAGAAUACUAUAGGUGCCUAAAAAUAUCAAACAAUAGAUUUGGCCAAAAAAUUGGAGGACUGAAAUAUAGUGGUCGAUAGUUGAUCCCUGGUUACAAGACUUGGCAGACAUACAGAGGAAUAGAAAAUAUCUUAUCAAGAUGUUUAUGUAUUGAUUACAUGUUGAUAUAUGAUACUUUAUAUAUAAGAUGACAUUAAAUUUAAUUUUUCAUGUUUCUUUACUUUUAAAAAUAUGUCUAGUAGUAGCAAGUUUAAAAUUACAUAUGUAGCCACUUCAUAUUUCUAUUGGACAGUUACAUGCUAUACUAAUGUUUCCUAAUUUUUUUGCCUUGAAACUCCUUCACAAUAAAAUAUAUCUCAUGAACCUUCUUCCUUGAAAUUUUAAAAUAAUUUUACCAUUUUGGAUAGUAUUUGUUCAAGAAAUAUUUAUUAUGAGCCUGCUAUGUGCCAUAAAAUAUUCUAGAAUACCAUGAUGAGUGAACACAAAACACCUGCCUUCAUGUAGCUUUUGAUCUAUUUGGGGAAAGUAUGUGAUGAAGUAAUUUCUAGUAAAAAUUUUUAAAUGGACCAUUUGUUGUAAGUAUACUAUUGUAUAUAAAAUUUCAUGUAAUAUAAUUUUAUAUAGUGUUUCAUUUAUUAAGUGAUAGUUUGGUUUCUCUGAGCUUCCUGGAUAUGUGGUUUGGUGUCUGACAUUAAUUUGGAGAAAUUCUUAGUCAUUAUUGUUUCAAUUAUUUUUUCUUUUCUUUUUAUCUUCUCCUUCUGGUAUUCCCAUUAUGCAUAUGUUGCACCAUUUGUAAUUGUCCCACAGUUCUUGGUUGGAUAUUCUCUUCUUCCUCAAACCCCCUGCCAUCUUUGUUCUCUUUCCUUUUUAGUUUUGGAGGUUUCUAUUGCUGUAUCUUCAACCUUAGUGCUACUUUUUUCCACCACAUCCAGUCUACUCCUAAGCCCGUCAAAGACAUUUCUGUUGCAGUGUUUUUGAUUUCUAGCAUUUCAUUUUUAUUCUCUUUUUAGAAUUUCCAUCUCUCUUGUUACAUUACCUGUCAUUUGUUGCAUGUUGUCUGUUUUUUCCAUUAGAGGCCUUAGCAUAUUAAUCAUAGUUGUUUUAAAUUCCUGGUCUGGUAAUUCCAACAUUCCUGCCAUAUCUAAAUCUGGUUCUGAUGCUUGCUGUCUCUUCAAACUAUGUUGUUUGCCCUUUAGUGUGCCUUGUCGUUUUCUCUUGAAAGCUGAACAUGAUGUGCUGAGUAAAAGAAACUCUAGUGAAUACGCUUUUAAUAAGAUGUAAGGAUAGAAAAGAUGUUCCAAAUUCCAAUGAUAAGGUCUGUCUUUCAAUGAGCCUGUGCCCUGGGCUGUGAACUUCACUAGUGCUUCUCAGUUUUUCGUCUGCUGAGGGAGGAUAGAAUGGCUAGAGGCUGCUGGAGUUGGAUAUUUAGUUAACAUGUAACCUUUUAAAAGCAAGACUUCUCAAUACAUUCCUUAAAAAGUAAUAUUGACUUUGCUAUCUUCAUCUUGCUUGACCUCUUUAGCAUUUGACAGAACUGACCAUGUUAUACACUUCUAAACACGUUGGUAUCUUGAUUUCAUACACUUCUGGAUUUCCUCCUAUCUCACUGAUGAUCUUUUCAGUUUUCUUUUAGGGCCCUUCCUCUUUUAUAGCUCCUCUUCGUUUGCUCAAGUAAAUGUGAGUAAACCCUCACGUUUUGUCCUGGGCUCCUUUCUCUUUGCUUAUACCCACUCCCUAGGGUAAAUACUAUUUAUAUGCUAGUGACUCUGUAAAAUAAUCUCUCUAAUUAUGAAUUCUUGCUUGAACUCCAGACUUGUUUUUAUAGUUGAUUCCACUUGAAUGUUUAAAAGACACUUAAAAAGUAACAUAUCCAAAGCAGAAAUUUUUAUUUUUUUCUUCUUCAACUUUCUUUCUCCCCGAGUCUGCUCCCUUUCAGAAAAUAGCACCACUGACCACCCAGUUGCUCAAGCCAAAAACCUAGGAGUCAUCCUUGAUUCCUUCCUUUCCCUUAAUUCCUGUUAAGUCUUUGUCAAACGUUGUUGACUCUGUCUUGAAACAUGUUCUUUAAUUUUUAAAUUUUUAUUGAUAUAUAUAUAUAUAUACCUGAGCCACUAAAUUUGGGGGUAAUAUAUUAUACAGUAAUAAAUAAUGAAUACACUUGGAUAUGAAGACCAAUUCUUCAUAUCAGUUGGAUACAUCUAAUUAGUCUUGGAUAAAAAUAUAUGUGUGUAUAUAUAUAUAUAUAUAUAUUUUUUUUUAAAUAGAGACAGGGUCUCACCAUAUUACGCAGGCUGGUCUCAAACUCCUGGGCUCAAGUGAUCCUCCUGCCUUGGCCUCCCAAAAUACUAGGUUCACAGGCAUGAGCCACCAUGCAUACCCAUCAUCUACCCCAUAAAUAUAUACACCAUCUUUGUACCCACAAACAUUAAAAUAAAAAUUUUUUAAAAGAAUUUUUAUGCUUUUCAAAUCAGUAUUCCUCCUUACUCAUUUUGCCUUGAACAAAUUGUCUACUAUCUGUAUAAAUGAAAUAAUACCUAAAAAAAAAUAAAACUUAAAGCUAUGUCAUGGUCAAAACCACUAUUCAGCAUUAAUCUGAAUGAUAAACUCAGUGACUUUCAGUAAUAUGUACAUCUAAUUUCUAUGAACUCUUGAACACAUUAUCUUCUGAAUGUAUAUGUCAGAGGUUCCCAACAGUUCUAUUUUAAAUAAUUAUUUUAAAAAGUUUAUUUAGUAUUUAAUUUUUAGGAAGUCCAAUUUAGCAGCUUUUUGUGAAUAAUGCUUUUGGUGUCAUAUCUAAAAAAAGCUUUGCCUAAAGCAGUGUCACAAACAUUUUUUCUAAUUUUUUUUCUGGAAGUUGUAUAGUUACAGGUUUUACAUUUAGGCUCAUGAUUCAUUCUGAUAGGUCUGACCAUUUUUAUAUAAGGUAUGAAAUAUGUAUUCAGUUUCAUUUUUUUUUCCCUAUGGAUGUCCAGUUAGUUUAGAGUGAUAUGAUUUAAGAAACAAGGCUUUCUACAUUUAAUUGCCUUGGUAUCUUUGUCAAAAUAAUCAGCCCAGGCGCAGUGGCUCACCCCUGUAAUCCUAGCCCUUUGGGAGGCCGAGGUAGGCGGAUCACCUGAGGUCAGGAGUUUAAGACCAGCCUGGCCAACAUGGUGAAACCCCAUAUCUACAAAAAUACAAAAAUUAGCCGGGCAUGAUGGCAGCUACCUGUAAUCCCAGCUACUUGGGAGACUGAGGCGGGAGAAUCACUUGAACCUGGGAGGCAGAGGUUGCGGUGAGCCAAGAUCAUGCCAUUGCACUCCAGCCUGGGCGACAGAGUGAAACUCCAUCUCAAAAAAAAAAAAAAAAAAAAUUGGCCGUAUGUGCAUGGUUCUGUUCCUGAGCUCUGGUCUUUCCAUUUAUGUGUUCAUCCUUUUGCUAAUGCCACGCUGUCUUGUCUACUAGAAAUUGGUAAGUUGUGUGAAUCCUUCAACUUUGUUCUUUUCCAAAUUGUUUUGGCUAUUCUGGUUCCUUUAACUUUCAUAUAAAUCUUUGAAUUAGCUUGUAGAUAUCAGCAAAAUGUCCUGCCAAGAUUUUGUGUCUAAACUUGUAAAUCAGUUUGAGGAGAAUUAGCAUCAUAACAAUAUUGAAUAGUUUUAUCUGUGAACAUAGUGUAAUGCACUAUUUAGGUCUUGAUAUUUUUAUGGGUGUUUUGUAUUUUUCAGUAUAAAGAUCAUGUGCAUCAUCUUUUGUUUAGAUUUAUACCAAAGCAUUUUUGCAGGUGUUGGAAUUAUUAUUGUUUAAAAAUUUCUAUUUCUAGUUUUUCAUUUCUAGCAUACAGAAAUAUAAAUGAGUUUUGUAUGUUGACCUUGUGUUUGCUGCCUUAUUAAAUUCAUUAGUCAAGGAGUUCGAUCCCUUGGGGUUUUCUAUGUAGAAAAUCAUGUCAUCUGUGAAUAGAGACGGUUUUACUUACUUUCUAAUCUCUGCUUUUUAUUUUUUUUUUCUUGCUCUACAGCACUAACUAGGUCCUCCAGUACAACAUUGAAUAUGAGUGGUGAGAAAUGUCUACCUUGCCUCAUUCCCAGUCUUAGGGCAGAAACAUUCAGUCUUUCACCAUUAAUUAUGAUGUGAGCUAUAGGCAUUUGUGUAGAUGCUUUUUAUCAGAUUAAAGACAUUCCCUCUCCUUCCUAAUUUGCUGAGUUUUUCUCAUGAAUGGAUAUUGAAUUUUGUCAAAUGCUUUUUCUCCAUUUAUUGACAUCAUAUGGUUUCUCUUUAGUCUGUUGAUAUGGUGAAUUUUAGUUAUUGUUUUCUUUUUUUUUGAGAUGGAGUCUUGCUCAGUCGCCCAGGCUGGAGUGCAGUGGUGCGAUCUCGGCUCACUGCGAGUUCCACCUCCCGGGUUCUCACCAUGCUCCUGCCUCACCCUCCUGAGUAGCUGGGACUACAGGCGCCCACCACCACACUCAGCUAUUUUUUUGUAUUUUUAGUAGAGACAGGGUUUCACCAUUUUAGCCAGGAUGGUCUCGAUUUCCUGACCUUGUGAUCUGCCCGCCUCGGCCUCCCAGAGUGCUGGGAUUACAGGCGUGAGCCAUCGCGACGGGCCUGUUGUUUUCUUUAAUGUGGAACCAGUCUUGUAUUCAUGAAAUAAGCCAUACUUGAACAUAGUAUCCUUUCUAUAUAUUGUUGUUUUGUACAUUUAAAAAAUAGUAAUUGAAAUAAGUGUUGUUACUACUUGUGAGUACCAAAAUCCUGAAAUGCCUUUAAAUAUCAUGAUCAAUUCAUUUAUGAAUUUAGUCAACAAAUACAUGAUAAUUACUGUGUGCCAGGCAUUAUUCUAGUGCUGGAGAUUAGAACAUUGAGUUCUUGCGCUUAAACUACAUUCUUUCCUAGAAUGUAAUAUAAUGUCAGGUAGCAAUAGUGCUAUGAAGAGCAAUAAAGCAGUGUAAGGGAAUGGAGAGUCAUGAACCCAGAGGCUGAAGCUAUUUAAAAUACAUUGGUCGGGGAAGGACUCUGAUGAGGUGACUUUAGAGCAGAAACAAAUGAAGUGAGGGAGCCAGCCAUCUUAUUUGUAAAAAAUUGUUUCAGGCUGAGAGAAUAGCAAACACAAAGUCACUGUGUCAAGAGACUUGCUUGGUGUGUUUCAAAUACAGCAUAGAGGCCAGUGUUUCUGGAGUGCAGUAAUACAUGGAAAGAGUUGUAGAAGGCAAAGUAGUCAGGAACCUGAUAUCAAUUUUGUAGGCUAUAGUAAGGACAACUUUGGAUUUUAAAUAUACUGGCAACCACUCAUUUUCUCACCAGGUUAUUUGUUGCGCAUCUUCUGUAUGUCAGAUAGAUUUGCAUGUUGAGGAUACAGUAGUUAACAAAACUGUUCAAAAAUCCAAGCCUUUGUAGAGCUUAGAAGUGUUAGUGAUAAGUGUAGUUGUUUAUAUAAUAUGGAGGUCGUCAGAAGUGGUAGUUUAGAAUAUUCAGUUGGGAAAGAUUGUUAUAUAAAAUGAUUAUAUAUCUAGAUAAUUUAAAUAAUUGGAAGAAAUGUACUUAUAUUUUAUGCUAAAACUAUACUGAACAUAAUUUAAUCUUUUUUAUUUAUAGGAAACAGCUAUUUUCAUUAGUUUCUUUUGGUUGCAAAGUAGAGAGACUUAUUUAGGCUAGGUUUUUUUUGUUUUUUUUUUUUUUAAUAAGGAUACACUUGAGAAUAGAAUACAGAAGGACUUAAUGGAAAUCCCUGAAUAAGAAGCUAUGAUAUGUCCCGGCCUUUCAUAGACUAGAGCUUAAAAGUCUUCAUAUCCAAGUGUAUUCAUUAUUUAUUACUGUGUAAUAUAUUACCCCCAAAUUUAGUGGCUUAAAUUACGUGUUAUUUCAUAAUUGCUAUGGGUCAAGAAUAUAGGCAUGUAAGCUUAGCUGGGUGCCUCUGGCUCAAGGUCUCUCAUAAGGCUGUUGUUAAUCAAGGUGUUGGCUAGAGCAACAGUCAUCUAAAGGCAUUACUGGGAAGGAUCUGUUUCUCAGAUUACUCACAUGGCUGUUAGCAGGCCUCAGAGUCUUUGCUGUAUGUUGGUUGGAGACAUCAUUUCUAUACCUCGUGGGUCUUUCUAGCUCAUAACAUGGCAGCUGGCUUCCCUGAAUAAGAGAGCGUGGCCAGAUGGAAGCCACAGUCUCUUUGUUACCUAAUCUCAGAAGUCAUCUCAUCACCUCUGCUACAUUUUCAUUAAAAGUUUCCAAUACUUAUCUACAGGAAUCGCCAUGACCCCAGCUCUGAGGGAGGCAACAGCAAAGGGUAUCAGCUUUUUAUCUUUGCCAAGUACCAUGGAGUCUGACAAGAUGCUCUACGUGGAAAGUCCAAGAACUGUAGAUGAAAAGCUAAAGGGAGACACCUUUUCUCAGAUGCUUGGAUUUCCAACUCCCGAACCUACUCUUAAUACUAAUUUUGUGAAUUUAAAACAUUUUGGCUCCCCUCAGUCUUCAAAACAUUACCAGACUGUUUUUUUAAUGAGAUCUAAUUCUACAUUAAAUAAACACAAUGAGAAUUAUAAACAAAAGAAAUUAGGGGAGCCCAGUUGCAAUAAGCUGAAAAACAUACUGUAUAAUGGCAGCAACAUUCAGCUCAGUAAAAUCUGUCUUUCUCAUUCUGAAGAGUUCAUCAAAAAGGAACCUCUAUCAGAUACCACGAGCCAGUGCAUGAAAGAUGUACAAAUUAUUUUGGAUUCAAAUAUAACCAAAGACACUAAUGUAGAUAAAGUACAGCUACAAAACUGUAAAUGGUAUCAAGAGAAUGCACUUUUGGAUAAAGUUACUGAUGCUGAGAUUAAAAAGGGUUUAUUGCACUGUACUCAAAAGAAAAUUGUACCUGGCCACUCAAAUGUGCCUAUUAGUUCUUCAGCUGCUGAAAAGGAGGAGGAAGUAAAUGCUCGUUUACUUCAUUGUGUAAGCAAACAGAAAAUUUUACUUAGCCAGGCUAGAAGAACUCAGAAACAUUUGCAGAUGCUCCUGGCAAAGCAUGUUGUUAAGCACUAUGGUCAGCAGAUGAAAUUGUCUAUGAAACAUCAACUCCCCAAAAUGAAGACAUUUCAUGAACCUACCACAAUUUUGGGUAACAGUUUACCUAAAUGCACUGAAAUUAACCCAGAAGUUAACACAUUGACUGCAGAGAAUAAAUUGUGGGAUGAUGCAAAAAAUGGCUUUGCACAGUGUACAGCUGCGGAAAUCCAAAGAUUUGCAUUUUCUGCUACAGGGCUGUUGUCUCAUGUUGAAGAGGGUUUGGAUUCCGAUGCAACUGAUAGCAGCUCUGAUGACGAUUUGGAUGAAUAUACCCUUAGAAAAAAUGUGGCAGUUAACUGUAGUACUGAAUGGAAGUGGCUUGUAGACAGAGCACGAGUUGGCAGCCGAUGGACUUGGCUUCAAGCCCAGAUUUCAGACCUAGAAUGCAAAAUCCAACAACUAACAGACAUUCACAGGCAAAUUCGUGCCUCCAAGGGGAUAGUGGUCCUAGAAGAAUGUCAACUUCCAAAAGAUAUUUUGAAAAAACAAAUACAAUUUGCAGACCAAGCAGCUUCACUAAACAUUCUAGGGAAUCCUCAGGUUCCCCAAGAGUGUCAAGAUCCUGUACCGGAACAAGAUUUCGAAAUGUCACCAAGCAGCCCUACUUUACUUCUUCGAAACAUCGAAAAACAGAGUGCACAGUUGACUGAGAUCAUCAACAGUUUGAUUGCCCCUCUCAACUUGUCCCCAACUUCAUCACCCCUCUCUUCCAAAUCCUGUAGCCAUAAAUGUCUGGCUAAUGGCAUUUACAGGAGUGCAUCAGAGAAUUUAGAUGAGCUGUCUUCCUCCAGUAGCUGGUUACUUAACCAGAAGCACAGUAAGAAAAAGAGAAAAGACAGGACAAGAUUGAAAUCUUCAUCCUUGACUUUAAUGAGUACAUCAGCCCGAACAAGGCCACUUCAGAGUUUCCACAAACGAAAACUCUACAGAUUGAGCCCUGCUUUUUAUUGGACUCCACAGACUUUGCCUUCAAAAGAAACAACAUUUUUAAACACUACACAAAUGCCUUGCCUGGAAUCAGCUUCAACUUGGAGUAGCUAUGAACACAAUUCGGAGUCUUACCUAUUAAGAGAACAUGUAUCAGAGUUAGAUUCCUCUUUCCAUCCUGUUCUAUCAUUGCCAUCAGAUGUGCCUCUUCAUUUUCACUUUGAAGCACUGUUAAAAAAGACUGAAAUAAAAGGCAGUCUUGCUGAAAAUAAAUUUGUAGAUGAAUAUAUCAUAUCUCCAUCACCUGUACAUAGUACUUCUCUGAAUCAAUGGAGAAAUGGAUAUUCACCUAUAUGUAAGCCUCAAAUAAGGUCAGAAUCUUCUGCACAACUGUUACAGGGAAGAAAGAAAAGACAUUUGAGUGAAACAGCAUUAGGAGAAAGAACUAAACUUGAAGAAUCUGAUUUUCAACACACAGAAUCAGGAUCCCAUAGCAAUUUUACUGCUGUUUCCAAUGUCAACGUUUUAUCAAGAAUCCAGAAUUCAUCAUCACGAGUAGGUUUUUCUAAUACUGCACGACGGAGAUUGAGAAGUGAGAGCUCUUAUGACAUAGAUAACAUUGUGAUUCCCAUGUCAUUAGUAGCCCCAGCUAAAUUAGAGAAACUCCAAUAUAAGGAAAUACUUACUCCAAGCUGGAGGAUGGUUGGUCUUCAGCCUUUGGAUGAAUAUAAUUUAGGCAAAGAAGAGAUAGAAGAUCUUUCUGAUGACGUCUUCUCCCUAAGGCACAAAAAAUAUGAAGAGAGAGAGCAAGCCAGGUGGUCACUAUGGGAGCAAAGCAAGUGGCACAGAAGAAACAGCAGAGCUUACAGUAAAAAUGUUGAAGGACAGGACUUGCUUUUGAAAGAAUACCCUAAUAACUUUAGUAGCAGUCAGCAAUGUGCUGCUGCAAGUCCUCCUGAGCUUCCUUCAGAGAACCAGGAUCUGUGUGCAUAUGGCUUACCUUCUUUAAAUCAAAGUCAAGAAACCAAGUCUUUGUGGUGGGAACGACGGGCUUUUCCACUGAAGGGUGAAGACAUGGCAGCAUUAUGUCAAGAUGAAAAAAAGGAUCAGGUUGAAAGGUCAAGCACAGCUUUCCAUGGUGAAAUCUUCGGUACCAGUGUACCAGAGAAUGGCCACCAUCCAAAAAAGCAGUCAGAUGGAAUGGAAGAAUACAAAACCUUUGGUCUAGGACUUACUAAUGUUAAAAAAAAUAGGUGACAGGGAACAGGUUAAGAAAACUAUGUAAAUGUAGGAAAGAUGGGAGGAAAUAAAGCCUGUUCUGGAUCCCCCAUCCCCUCCAGAAUAAGAGCAUGUUCUGCAUGUAUUAAUCUUUUAUGCUGUUUAUGAAACAGGCAAGAUAAGUCUGUUUUUUCUUCUGGAACCACAAGGGUAACCAGAUUUUCAUCUACAGACAAGUGGUAGUCAUUUGUGUUUAUCAUGCAACUUACAAACACCAAGAUAUUAAUUGCUGCAACUUUAUGUCAAAUCACAUUACUGGGUAAUUUUUUAAAGACUAUGUACCCACACCAUACCAUACAUACAUACAUACAUACAUACAUAUAUGUAUAGAUAUUAAUUGCUGCAACUUUAUGUCAAAUCACAUUACUGGGUAAUUUUUUAAAGACUAUGUACCCACACCAUACCAUACAUACAUACAUACAUACAUACAUAUAUGUAUACAUACAUACAAACCUGUGUGCCAAGUGACAGCUUUUUUUUUAUAUACAUGGUAAUUCAUUAAAAUUGCCUUAGUAAUAUAUUAGAAUAUACAAAUAUGUGUGUAUAAAAUAAACAUACACACACACACACCCCUAUGUAGUUUUUAAAACACUGGCAAUGACCCACUCCCCUUGGAAAUGCAUGUAUGAACUACCCUAUGAAAUGUAAGCUGCAGAACAGAUAAAACACAGGUUUCCACUAAUAAAAGACAUCUGAACGUCUUGAAUA